AUGAAGCGGGGCGGCGAACGGGACUCCAGCCCGCCGGGGGCCGGGGGGGGCCGCGCCGCCGCCGCCGCCGCCGCCAAGCGGCCCCGCGAGCGCGAGCGGGACGGCGGCGGCCGGCGGGGCCCGCACCGCAGCUCGGGCGCGUCGCGCAGCGGCCGCGACAAACCCGCGCCCGGCGGCGCCGGCACCGGCGGCUCCGGGUCCCGCGGGCACCGCGGCGAUGAGCGCGCCGGCGCCGACUCCAACCACCGCCCCGCCGGCGGCUCCUCGGCCUCGGGCGCCCGCGGCCAGGCCGCCCCCUCCGCCUCCUCGUCGUCCUCCUCCUCCUCGUCGUCGUCGCGGGCGCUCGGCGCGGCCAAGGCCAAGGCGCCGCCGGGAGCCGUGGUGGCCCCGUCGCUGCUGCUGGCCGGGCCGCCGCCGGGCGCCGCGCCCUCGCUGCUGCUGGCGCCGCUGGGCGCCUCGGCCGGGCUGCCCGGGGAGCCGCCGGGCGCCUGCGAGUACAAGACGCUGCUGGUGAGCGGGCUGAGCGCCGCCCUGCCCGACCAGCUGCUGGAGGACGGGCUGUUCCGCCUCUUCCAGCGCUUCGCGGCCGGGGGAGCCGGCGACAUCAGCGUCAAACUCUCCCACACCCCUGAGCUCGGCCGCGUCGCCUACGUCAACUUCCGACACCCCGGGGACGCCCGCGACGCCCGCCGGCACGCGCGGGCCCGUCAGCUGCUCCUCUACGAUCGGCCGCUCAAAGUGGAGCCGGUGUAUCUGCGCGGGGGACGCAGGAGCCGCACGCCGCCCCCCGCGCCCUCCCCAGAGCCCCUGGGCUACCUGCCGCCCAUCCACAGCGCCUACCAGUACAAGCAGAGAUCGCUCUCGCCCGUCACCAGCCCCUUGCUGCGGGAGCCGCGGCCCAGGCACGCUCACGCCGCCGCCGCCGCCUUUGCCUUGGAAGCAGCCGCCAUCGGGCUCUCCCGGGAGCGGGAGAGGGCCCUGGAUUACUACGGGCUGUACGACGAGCGCGGCCGCCCUUACAGUUACCCUAUUGUGGCCGAGGAAGACCUGAUGCCAGAGGACGAUCAGAGAGCCACCCGCAACCUCUUCAUCGGGAACCUGGACCACAACGUCUCAGAGGUGGAGCUGAGACGCGCCUUUGAGAAGUACGGCAUCAUUGAAGAGGUGGUUAUCAAGCGCCCUGCCCGUGGCCAAGGCGGGGCUUACGCUUUCCUCAAGUUCCAAAACUUGGACAUGGCGCAUCGGGCCAAGGUGGCCAUGUCGGGCCGCGUGGUCGGCAGGAACCCUAUCAAAAUUGGCUACGGGAAAGCCAACCCGACCACCAGGCUGUGGGUGGGAGGCCUUGGCCCGAGCACUUCCCUGGCUGCCCUGGCCAGGGAGUUCGACCGCUUCGGCAGCAUCAGGACUAUUGACUACGUGAAGGGAGACAGCUUCGCUUACAUCCAGUAUGAAAGCUUGGAUGCUGCCCAGGCCGCGUGCGCGCAGAUGAGGGGUUUUCCCUUGGGCGGACCGGAGAGGAGGCUCCGAGUGGAUUUUGCCAAAGCCGAAGAGACAAGAUACCCACCGCAGUACCCGCCUGCGCCGCUCCCCAUGCACUAUGAACUGCUGGCUGACGGGUACGGCCGACACAGAAGCCUGGAGCAAGACUUGAGGGUGCGGGAUAGGACUCCUCCGCAUCUCCUGUACUCGGACAGAGACAGGAGCUUUGCAGAGGCAGACUGGGCCAGCCCUGCCAAAAAUGCCGAACGCAGAAACAACUUGGAGAGCUACAGCCGGUCAGUGCGUAGCCGGAGCGGAGAGCGCUGGGGCGGCGACGGCGAUCGUGGUGUGCCCAAACCGUGGGAAGAGAGGCGGAAACGCCGGAGUCUUUCCAGUGACCGCGGGAGGACUACUCACUCGCCUUACGAGGACAGAAGCAGGACAAAGGCCGGUGGGCCAGCUUUAGACCGCAGCCCGGACAGGGCUCGCAAGGAGAACCACACUACAGAAUCCGCAGCCGAGAAAGAGCAGAGCAACUCCCUUCAGAACAAUCGUCACGCGACUGAGGAGAAACCCCAUCGUGAGGCAGCCGAUGCUCCCCAGCCCAAAAAACGGGACAGCGAACGCAAUCAUCGAACUGGUGAAUCGGAAUCAAAAACUCACGAGGAGCCAAAAUCUGAGACCAAAAAGCUAAAGAAUUUAUCGGAGUACGCUCAGACGCUGCAGCUUGCUUGGAACGGGCUUCUUGUGCUAAAAAACAGCUGCUUCCCCACCUCUAUGCACAUCCUGGAGGGAGACCUCGGGGUCAUCAACGGACUCCUCAAAGACCAUUCAUCCGGCGGGAAGUUAACGCAGCUCAAAAUCGCUCAGAGACUCCGGCUCGACCAGCCCAAGCUGGAUGAAGUCACUCGCCGUAUCAAACAAGGCAGCCCCAACGGCUACGCCGUGCUCCUGGCCACCCAGUCCGCCCCGGCCGCAGCAGGGGCCGAGGGGACCUUCCCUGUUGUAGAGCCUGGCUUGCAGCGACGGCUUCUCAGGAAUCUGGUCUCCUACUUGAAACAGAAGCAGGCUGCCGGGGUUAUCAGCCUGCCCGUGGGAGGGGCGAAGGGCAGGGACAGCACAGGCAUGCUUUACGCGUUCCCUCCGUGUGAAUUCUCGCAGCAGUACCUCCAGUCAGCACUAAGGACAUUGGGGAAGUUAGAAGAAGAACACAUGGUGAUAGUUAUAGUCAAAGACACUGCCUAGCCCACACUGUCUUUCCCACUUCCAUGUUUUCUUUGUGUGUCACACAACCCAGUUGUUUUUAAGGCCGAUCAUUUUGGUGGAGGCUCAAAAUGCCUCGACCAAAGUGGUAAGAUUUUUAGUUCCUAAUUAAUUUUAAUACCAUUUAAAUAGAGCCCAUUUUAUUCGUUUUUAAUAUGUGACACUGUCCGCUGUUGUUCUGUAUUUUUAUUUUUUAACUGUAUGAAAAGUUGUCAGUAAAGCCUUGUUCACUGAUGGAUUUCUAAACUUGUGCGGUAUCCUAGUUUUUGUGGCCCGGGAAGGGCCGGUUCCCCGCUGCCAGGAGCUGGGAGGUGAUCCUCCCGGCCUCCUGCACCUCCUCUGCCCCUGCGUCCUGCAGGGCGAGAGGAAAGCGGGGGGUUCUUUGUGCUGUGCGAGAGACUGAAGGGGGGGAUCUGUGUCUUUAUUUUUUUCUGUCCUGUUUGCUUUUUAUUUUGUGAAUUUGAGGCCGGAUGCAUUCUUAUUGAUUUGAGGAUGGAAGCUUCCCAGGAAGAAAACCCUAAUCAAAGAUUUAAGUGGGUUUUAUACACAGCAAAAAAAGUACAGUUAAUACUUGGAGUCGGGUCCGUGUUCAGCCCUGUGAGGUCUGAGAGCACACGGCUCAGAAGUUCCAGGGAAGGACAACAAUGAGGUUGACAUUCACAGUUUUUAUAAAAGGGGAAAAAAAAAGCAGGAGGAAAAAAAAUCAUUUAAGGGAAACCCUUCUGGGCCUGUGUGAGGUAACACAAAGGUACAAAGGGUUUGGCAAGCGGCCGGUGCCCGCUGGCGCAGCCCAUUGCAUUGCGCUAUCCCAAACCCUUUAUUGAAAGGCAAACAGCAAAAUUGCUUUUGCUAAAGUUGAAACUUAUUUUCAGGCUUAAAAAGAAGAGACAAACACGGCUGGCUGAAAAGGUGGCGUUACUGCAAGGAACCCAUCUGCGACUGCAGGAAACCCUGGGAAUUUGGAAUGUAAGCUGGGAAGGUUCCAUCACCUUUUCUGUCUGUGGUACCAGGCAGUUCAGGAGAGAAGCUGGGCCGCCGGCGCUUCUGCUCGCUCCGCAGCGGGCGGUCACUACUUCAACUUGGGUUAAAAUCCACACAGUUUGGGGAUAUUGUUAUUUUUUGAAAUGAUGCCUGUAGAUUUUAGGAGUUUACAGAAAAAUGUGCGGGAUAACGACCACUGCAUUGGAAAGGUUAAGUUGCGGGGGUGGGGGGGUCGUUUGGUUUAGGCAAGUGAGCAAAGUCCUGGGAGAACCAGAGGCCGCCUUGCCCUGCUCCCCGUGCCCGAGCAGACGCGCUGGCGGCUGCCAAAGGCCCUCUUAAAGCAGUGCUCUUGGCCCAAUUGGUUUCAAACCCCUCUGUUGCAGGGAGCGCGACUGGGUCUGAGGAUGCUCGUAGUCUUGUUUAACUCUGCAGUGUCAGGAUGUGGAUGUCGUCAGCUGAUGCUCUGUGGGCGGUCGCUCAAUUCAAUAAUGUGUUGGUAUCAACAAGGAUGGGUUGGUUUGUUGGGGUUUUUAACGUUUAAUACUGUGAUUAUAUGAAAUCUAAUGAGUCGGCGUGAGCUCGAGGGGGUCAGUCUUCCUCUUGAUGAUGCAUCUUCCAUACUCCGGGAAACAUAACUCUCCAUAAGGCCCAAGUGCGGCUACGAGGCUGUGGAGGAGUUUCCCCAUGGGGUGCGGGCAGAGGUCUGUGAGAGCUGCGCCGGCUCAGCUGCUGGGAGCGGCGGGGCCCUGCGAAACGUGUCAGGCUGUGGGAGCAGAGGAGCAGCCCUGCUGCAGCUCCAGAGGUGCCCUCCCUGCAUCCAUGGCUGCGGGGAGUAGGAGCGCCCUGGUCUGACACAGUGACAGGGACACCAACUCAACCUUGUGACCGAGUCCUGGGCCUAUGCUGUUGUAACGGAGACAGUGCCAACCAUCAACCAUUGUAACCGUUCCAUGUUAUCUGGAGCCAAGUGCUAUUAAAUACCCCUCCUGGCCAGCGUCAGAGUGAGCAGAACCUUUUGUCAGAGCAUUCGUUGGAGCACACAUUGAAGACGCCUGCUCAGUCUGAGGUGGAGCGCGUGGGGCUGCGGUGGCAAACACCUGACUGGCUUCGUGCCGACAGGGAGCUGCAGCUCGUGCUGCUGCCGAGCAGCCUCGCCUCUGUGUGUCUGUGUGCGUGUUACGGUGUGGGAACGCCCCGAAUCAGAAGGAAAAAAAAUCAAUACAUGAUAAAAGCUGCAGCUGUUUGACAGCAAAGCCAGGGAGCCACCGGAAAUCCCCCGGCUCCUUUGGAGAGAAUCACAACAUAGGGAUUUUUUUUAAGAAAAACAUUGCUGUGCUUUGGGCUGGGUAAGAGUUUCAGUGGCAGGAUUUCGGUUCCCAGUGAAGUGGCUGAUGGUUGUGAGCGUGUGUGCGUGAACGGGGAACCAGCACAUCUCCCUCUACAAACAAAUUCACAGCUGUGAAUAGGAAAUCAGAUUUAAGGAAAAAACACGUGGGAGCGCAGCAACAGGUGGUGCUGAUCCAGUGGGAGGUGUCCCUGCCCAUGGCAGAGGCUGGAACGGGAUGGGCUUUGAGGUCCCCUCCGCCCCAAACCAUCUCAUGAUCCUCCGGUGGGUGCUGUGGUCUGACAGCACUACUGUUCAGCCCAAGGUGCUGCUUUUGUUUUUUUAAACACCCAUUCAGUAAAUAUUGUGUCUUGCAAAGCCCUUUUCCGCACCAGUUGCUGCCUGUUUGACCCAGAACAGAGACAGGGGCAGGGGUCCCACCCUGUGCGUGACCAGUGCUCGUGAGCCGAUCACAGCUGCAUCACUGCCCUGCGCUGACACACUCGUCACACUGCACACUGACCAGCGCUGAGGUUUCUGCCCUAUUCUCCAAGCCGUGGCCUACAAGGUUUUUUUUGGAGCACUGUGCAGCCGGGAUGUGCACGUGGCGUCCCAGGGAGCUGGCACAACGGCUGCCGAGCCUGCACAGCCUGGAACCGUGUUGCAGCACAUCAAAUGGGCCAAGCAGUCGCUCGGGGUCUGGUCACGGUGAGGGGAGCACACGGAUACAAGGGCAGAGGCUGGGCUCAUCUUCGCUCCCAUCACAGGAGGAUACGCAGCAUCCCUCCUGCCCAGGCUCCUGUGCUGCAGGGAGAGGUGGGUCCCUGUCUUAGCCAGCCAGGCACUCAGCUGCCCCUUCCACUCUUCAGUCGAGCUCUGGUUGGGCUGCAGGGGAGAAAUCCUGCACAGCAUCACAUCAGUAGCGUCCCCUCUGUAUUCAGAAGGAUCACAGGGCUUUUUCCAUACAUUAUGCUUUUGAGUACAUUAAAUUGUGCUGUCAGGGGAAGAGGUGGUUUGACCAAACACCAUGAAUUCCCCAUCCCAACUGGCUGCAGAAUUACAACCUGAAUUAAAUCAAACCACCAACCCAGCCACGCUCGUCCUCAUUUCAGCGUUCCCAACUUGCACCCACUCCAGUCACCCUGGUCCCCCGCUCCCCUCAGCGCUGCCCGGUUCGCAGAGGCGGCAGCAGGGGCGCAGGCAUCGUUCCCCACGGCUGGGUUUAACGGACAGGGCUGCAGGGGCCCUGCCUGCUGCAAUGCCCGGCGCGGCUCCCUUAGUGCUACUCGGUGAAAGUGAGACAGGACAGCACGGAUACUUACAGCAACCCAGCUUCAAGUUAUAUGUGUGCCUGGGAGCUCCGCUCUACCCGUUGGUUCUGCCUCGCAUAACUAGUCGGUGAGUUCUCCAAUAGCCAGGCCCAAAACUGCAGCAGAUGCAGCCGAUUCCAGCUGUGGGCUAACGCCAGAACAAGAUCCGGACAUCUGGCAUGGUAUCUCCCUCUGCUCGUAGUAGCUGAGGACACGUGUCAUUUUAUUUCUCAUCCUGAGCAGCACAUUUUCUAAGGCAAAGUCACAAAAGGCAGUUUUUGUAAGGCUGAGGCUGGCUUCCACAGCUCUUGGAUGGCACAUCAAUUUUCAGUCCCCUCCUUUUAUCAGAAUGCUGCUCCGAUUUCUGGUCUUAAAUGCUGUUGUAAUUGCAACUCAUUCAUCUUUAUCGCCUCUGUAGGGUACAAUUAUCCAUUUUAAGUUGCAGCAGAAUUUUUCAAUUAUUAUCAAGCAGCCCUGCAUAAAUGCAUUAAGAGAUGCAAUGGCAGAAGGAAGGAAAGCUAUCCCUUCUCCUGGUUAAAAAGAAAAGCCUUCGUCUUCAGGCAACGAAACCCGGAGCCUCGGUUGAAACAGGCACAGUUCUUGGUAGCAAACUCACUGCCGUGUGAAGGAGUGCGGCGCCUCCAGCUCCCUGCUCUGCCUCAAACCCUAU